UUACGUAAUUAAUAAUGCUCUCCAAAGAAACAAGAGAAGUGGGAUUCAUUCAAGAAUUUGACAGAGUCCUUACUUCGAUCUGGAUUUACCAAAGGCAUAGGCCCUAAAUUCGCCACCAAAUACUUAAUAACUUUUUGAGGGUUUUUUUAGUAACGAAUUACGAAUCUUUUUCUCAUUUGAGAUUUGAAACAAACGUAAUAUCUUUCAGCCUUAAUUAGUUACGUUGUAAAGAAACUGAUUCAAUCUCUUCUACACAACAAGAUCGGAUUAUAUAGGAGCAAUAUGUACAGAUCCGCGAGCUGGAACCGUGUGACGGAGGAUUACUCUGUGCCUUGGUCAGCACCAAAGGGAUUAUGGAAGGGCUUAGACGAAGACGAGCCGGCUCCAUACGAUCCCAUCGGCCAAGAAGUGACCAAGAAAGAGAAGUCACGUACCAAGUUUGCUGAAAACGCCGUUCACAUAAUCCCUUUUGUCCUUCUUGCUUGUGCUCUCGUCCUUUGGUUCUUCUCUAAUCCAGAUGUAGAUGUUGGGGUGAGAGGGGAAUCCAUUGCAGCUAGGAUUGAAGGAUUAACGAUCGAAGGAGACAUUGACAAUGAUAGCGACGGAACUCAAACCGGAUUCUUAGGAGCCGCCACAGAUGUCGGACAUUCAAAAAAUAAACUAAAACGCGACGUUAAUAAAAGCAAUCGGAGGAUACAAGCUUCAAGGAAAGUGAUGAAAGGUUUUUAUUAAUUCUUUUUUUUUUGUUUGAUAAAUAUUUAUGAGAUAAACUUUCAAAACGAUUUAUUUUUCUAUUUUUUUCUAUUGUAAUUCCGCUUGUUAGUUGAUCAUGAGAUGUGUUUCUUUGGUUACACGUUUCAAUUUAGUUCUUCACAUUUCCUUCAA